CUUGAUCACUGAAUAUUUCUUCAUUCGCUGCAGUAAUGGCACUUCCCUCUUCACUCGCGUUGUCCCUUUCUUCAACCUCAACACCACCACCAAGUUCCGUUCAGUCAAGCCUUCCAGUACUCUCCCAUUCCACACGCGUCGCUAAUUCUUCUCAGCUUCAACUCCGUCGACUCAGGCUAACCCAAAGCAGAAAACCCCGUCAUCUAAUCAAGGCAAUUGAAGAAGGGCAACAACAAGAUAAUGAAUCUGCAACAGAGUCCACACAACAAGAUUCCACAUCCGAAACAGAAACCACGGCGAAUUCUGACACAGUUAGUCUGUCUGAAUUGGGUUCUGAGAUCAAAGAAGCAAUGAAAACAAGGAAAGAGAGAGAAGAAAGCAGCGGAGGAGGAGACCUGUGGAGCGGAGUAGCAGAGGAGGUCAGGGAGAUCGAAUGGCCGGUGUUUGGAAAGGUCUUGGGUACUACCGGCGUCGUUUUGGGCGUCAUCGCUGGGUCUAGUGUUGUGUUGCUCACCGUGAAUGCUGUCUUGGCUGAACUCUCCGAUCGUAUCUUCUCCGGAAAGGGUGUUCAGGAUUUCUUCAGUUAGUUGCUUAAUUGUAGAAAUUUGAAUAAUAUUCCAAAAAAUCAAAAAGGUUGAUAAUGUUUUCCGCUACGUCCAUCUCGUUUCUAUAUUUCUUGCUUGCAAUUUCCUUCGCAUCUGAUAAAAGAUGGCUUUCCUUGCAACCUUUUUGAAUUGCUAAUUCUACAAUUAAUGAAAACCUUAUUCAGUGGAAUUAGUUGAU